AUGCCUCCGCAUGUGCGAAUGCGGAACAGCCCGCCCCCUGCUCCCCCGCGCGUCCGCGCGCUGCAGCAUGCGGAGGCGCAAGAAGAUGACGACUUCAUGGGUCGGCUGACGGCGGCGCUGGGCGAUCUGCAGCACCGCUUUCAGGGCUCCGUCACCAACGUCUCGCUAGGUCCGCUGUACGGCGAGUACGGCACGUUCCUCCCCACGCACGUCACGCCGUCGGGGGCUGCUGCCGCGCCCUCCGCGCGAGACGCAUCCCGCGGCGGGGGGACAACGGCAGGAGCAGGCGGGGCAGGGGGUGGAGCUGGUAAUCCAGGCGCGGCGGGAGCGGGUGGGGCGGCGGGAGGGGCGGGGGCGGCAGGCGGCGGCGAGAAUGGCGGGAAGGACGGUGCGGUGGGCGGUCGGGCGGACGGAGGCGCGGAGGCGGGCGAUGGCGGCCAGUCGGCGCGCAGCGAAGGCGACUGCAUGCAGGUCAUCCCGCUGCUGGAGGCGGACAUGGGGCCGUCGGGCGUGCUGGCAGUGGCGCGCAGCAGCGUGCCCGCCGCCAUCCCCGGGCCCUCUGCCGCGUGGCUGCGCGAGCAGCAGCACAGCCACAGCCACGCGCACCACCACCACCACCACAGCCACCCCGCGGACGCCGCGGACGGCGGGGAAGGGGCGGAAGGGGCGCGCGGGGAGCGGCGUGACGGGUCAGGCGGGGGGGACGGGAGCGGGGACUCGGGGGAGGGCGAGGAGGAGGGGAUUAUGGAGGGGCGGCGCGGGGGCGCGGGCGGCAGGGAGCAGGACGGGCGGAAGGGGGAAAAGACUGGGGGGAGUGGGAAGGGGAAGGGGAAGGGCAGCGGGGCGAAGGGGGGCGUGCGGUCAGUGAAAAUCAAGCUGGGCGGGCGGGCCGUGGCGCGGGAGGGCGCGGGCAACGGGGCGGGGGGCGGAGGAGGCAGCAGUCCGGGCAGGAGCGGGGGCGGCGAGUGGGGGGACGAGAAGCGGAGGCGGCGAGGGCGAGGGCGAGAGGAGGGCGUGGCAGGGCGGGCGAGGAGCGAGGCGUGGGACAUGAGUCUGGACGACAUUCAUGGGCUGCUGACGGCGCACGUGGCUGUGAAGCUGCUCUCGCCGCUAGCCUCGCUCCUCACGCCGCCGCCUCACCAACCUUCCGUCUUCCCGCCCCCCCUCUCGCCCCCUCCGCUCAACCCUGCGCGCUCCGCGCCGCCCCCGCCCGCGCGCGCCAAUGGCGUGCAUGCGCCAGGGCGCGCGGAGGCGCAGGCAGGGGCGGAGGGGAAGGGGAAGAGGGACGCGGGGCACAGCGGGUCCGCGCAGGGCGUGGGCGCUGGGAGGGACGAGGGGCGGAGGGGGGACGAGGGCGCAAGGCACAGGCAGUGGCGGCUGUCGCCCACAGGCGCAGCGCAGCAAGCGCAAGGGCGGGGGGGUAGCGGAGGCAGUGGCAGUGGCAGCGGCGUGAGGGGGUCCGUGUCUCCCCCUCCUCGUAGCCGCCUCGCCUCCCGCUCUGCCAGCCCUGCGUCUCGCGCCAGGCUAGGCACGCCAGACGGCGCGGGCUACAGCCCCGGUUUACCCGCGAAAAAGGAGGGCGGUGGUGGGGUUUCUGGGCGGAAGUCAGGCGGGGGCAGUGGGGGGAAGGAGAGGGGGCUGGAGGAGGAGGGUGGCACAGGGGGGAAGGACGGGAAGGGCGCACGGGAGGGCGGGGAUAAACCGGUGGAGGUGAGGAGUGAAGGGAGCAAGAAGCGGGGGAAGGGGACGGAUGCGGUCCAGGGGAAGGGCGGAGGGACAGGGGCGCGGGAUGGCGGUGGCGCGUGGGCCGGCGGCAGCAAGGAUGGCGCGCGGGGGAAGGCGCAGGGGGGGGAGCAGGGCGAGGCGAGGGCGGAGAGGGGGGUGGUGGGUGCGGCGGAGAAAGAGAGCGAGCGGGCGGCGGUGGGUGGUGGCGGCGAGGUGCGUGAGGGGAAGGAGAACGGCGCGUGGGGCAACGGCGUUCCCAGUGGGUCCGGGUCAGAGGAGGCGGGCGGGGAGAGGUGGAGGGAGAAGGAGGGUGCGAGGUGGCGUGGUGAGGGCAGGGAGAGGGGGAGGGGCAAGGAACGGGGUGGGGAGGAGGGGAACGGGGAGGCGGGGAGGGAGGAGGGGACGAGUGAUGGGGGCAAGGCGAGGGAGGGAGGGAGGGAGAAGAAGCAGCGGAAGCAGGGGAGAGAGGAGAGGGAUGGCGAGGGGCAGGGCGACAUGGCGAAGGGCGGUGAGAAGCGAGGCGGGGAGAAGGAGGUGAGGCGGCGGGGGGAAGGGGAGGGCGAGAGGGACGGCGAAAGGGAGGGCGGUAGGAGGGGCGCACAGGGGUGGGAGGAGCAGCGCGAGGGGGGGGGCGGCGAGAGAGGCAGGGAAGGCGCGGAGGAGGCUGAGGAUGCUAGAGAGGGGGAGAGAAGAACGGGGGAGGCGGCAGGGAGUGGCAUGGCGCGUGUGCUCUCACUGGCGGAGGGCGUGGGGGAGGGUGGGGCGGGCGAGGGCGCGCCAAGGGAAGCAGCGCUGCGCAAUGGCCUGGUGGGGGCCGGCGCUGGGGGGAGGGGCGUGGGGAAGAAAGCAUCCAAAGGGGCUGCUGCUGUGGACUCGAGUCGAGGGGGAGGGGCGACUGGUGGGGAGGGCAACGAGGAAGGGCGUGGGCGGGUGAAAGUGGAGGGGGCGUGGGAGGAGGGCGGGAGAGGGGGCAAGGUGGGUGGGCCGGGGGGGUCAAAGAAGCGAGCACGGGAGGAGUGGGACGGGGAAGGGCAGGAGGGCGAUGGUAUGGGUGGGCUGCCGCAUGCUGCCAGCACAGGGGGACGCACGGCAGGCGGUGCAUUGGGGGGCGCAGGCAAGGAGAGGACAGGGAAAGGUAUCCGGGAAGGGAAGAAGGAUCGUGGAAAGCAGUGGGAAGGGAAGGCGGGGAAAGGCGAGCAGGGAGUGGCGAGGGAGAGAGGGGCUGCAGGAGAUGGGCCCGUCCCUGCUGCUGCCACUCCUGCUGCUGCUGCUGCUGCUGCUGCCACCGCCCCUGCACUGCCCCUGGCUGCUGCAGAAGGGUGCGGGGCGGAGCAGCUAAAGGACGACUGGGUGGGGUGCGAGGCGUGUGGCAAGUGGCGCCUGCUGCCGCCGUCCAUCCAGCCCUCGUCGCUGCCAGACGAGUGGUACUGCCACAUGAACACCUGGACCGUUCUCAUUCUCUCCCCUCUCCCCUCUCCCCUCUCCUCUCUUUCCUCUCCUCUCUCCCCUCUUUCCUCCCCCCUCUCCCCUCUUUCCUCUCCCCUCUCCUCUCUUUCCUCCCCCCUCUCCCCUCUUUCCUCUCCCCUCUCCUCUCUUUUCUCCCCCCUCUCCCUUCUUCUUCCUUCCCGCUCCCCUCUUUGCUCUCCCCUCUCCCGUCUCCCUUCUCCCCUCUACCCUCCCCCCUCUACCCUCCCCCCUCUACCCUCCCCCCUCUACCCUCCCCCCUCUACCCUCCCCCCUCUACCCUCCCCCCUAUACCCUCCCCCCUCUACCCUCGCCGCUCGCCUCUCAUGGCGGCGCGUCAACAGGCCUGAGUUAGCGCAGUGCGAGAUACCAGAGUAUCGCACGUCAGCAGCAGUCUACUACUCGCUCGGCCUGCCCUUCCCCACGCACCUCCUCCCCCCAGGCGCCACUCUCCCCCCGCCGCCGCCCUCAGUCGUCGCCGUCAUGCAAGCAGCUGCUGCUGCUGCCGCUGCCGCCGCUGCUGCUGCCGGUGGUGCCGCCGCUGCUGCUGCUCCUGGUGCUGCUGUUGGUGGUGGUGCUGCUGCGGCAGUGGGUGGGGAUGCGGGCGGGAAAGGAGGCAAGGCGCCGAAGCUUGGGAGGUCAGGGAGUAAGAGGAGCGUGGGGCAGGUGCAGGUUGGAGGGAAGAAAGACAAAGGGGGUGAGAAGGAGUGGAAGAAGGGAAGGGGGAAAGGGAGAGGGGAGGAGGACGACGAGUGGAUGCAAGGGAAGAAGGGGUGGGGCAGGGAUGAGAAGAAAAGGCAGGUGGAGGGGGAGGUGCAGGUGCGCGAGGAGAGGAGGGAGGGAGAGGCGGAGCGAAGGGAAAAGCGGAGGAGGCGAGACAGCAGUGAAGAUGGUCGUAGCUUUGCUGCUGCUGCCGGUGGUGGUGCUGCUGGUGCUGGUGGUGGUGGUGGUGCUGCUGCUGCUGGUGAUGGUGGCGUGGCAGGCGAAGGUGUUGUUGAUGGGGGUCGGGUUGACUGGGACCGAGAUAUAGAGGAGAUGGAGCGAGAACGCGAAAGGGAGAGAGAACGAGAAAGAGAGAGGGAACGCGAAAGGGAGAGAGAGAAGGAGAGAGAACGAGAGAGGGAGAAAGAGGGGGAGAGGGAGAGUGAACGGGAGAGAGAAAGGGAGCGUGAGGAAGGGAGGUCGAGGGAGAGGGGACGGCGUGAGGGGUUGGCAGCCGAAACAGGAGCGGGGGGGAAUGGAGAGAGUCUGGGGAAGGGUGGCGACGAGAGGGUGGUUAAGGACGCAGAGGGUCUCAUAGGCAGCAGGCCGGGCAGGCAUGGUCGCACGGGUAGAGAGGGCCGGGAUGGGAGGGAUUGGAGAGAGGGGAGAGAGGGGAGGGAUGUGAGGGAUGGGCGGGAUGGGAGGGAUGGGAGGGAGGUACGCGAUUGGAAGGGCAAGGAGCGGAGAGAGAGUGAGGAAGGUGGGAGGGAGGUGGGGAAGGCGAAGCAGGAGGGUGGCGUGGAGGAGCGAGGGCGAGGCGAGAGAAAGCGAGACACGGGCGAGUGGCAAGCAGGGGCGGAGGUAGGGAAGAGAGAUGCGAGCAGGAGGGAUGGUUGGGGGAGUGAGAGGAAGGGCGGGGACAGUGGCAAGGUGGUAGGCGAGGAGAGGGGAGCAAAGGCGGAGAGGGGGGAGGAGGAGGGCACAGAGCAGGGCGCAGGCACGGGGGUGAUGGUGGGUGGUCGCGAGGCCGCAGGGGUGGGCGUGAAACAAGAGGGUGGGGGCGGCAGUGGUGGCGGUGGUGGUGCUGGCAGUGGUGCUGGCGGUGGUGCUGGGAAGCAGUCUCCACGGUCGCCAGUAGGUGUGGGCGCGCAGGGUAGGCCUGCCAUCAGCAUCCUCACCUCCUCCUCCUCUGCAGCUCCUGCUGUGAACGUGCCCGGGCGAAUAGCUUUCUGGGAGAAGCAGGAGAAGGAAGAGAAGCAGGAGAGGCAGGAGAAGCAGGAGAAACAGGAGAGGCAGGAGAGGCAGGAGAAGUUAGCAGGGAAUGCAGCGGACACAGUGCGCGCAGUGCCGCCCGUGGCCCCCGCACAGGCGUGGCCUAGCGACAAGGACAAGGCCACGCAGGGACAGCCUUCACCUCCUGUCCCUGCUGUAGGCGCACAGGCAGAGGUAGCAGCAGGGGGGGCAGGGGGAGCAGUGGGUGCAGCGGGUGCAGGCGGGGCAGCGGAGGGCGAGGAGGAAGCGCAGCAGGAGGUUGAAAUGGAUGUAGAUGACGGGCAGGACGAGCGAGUCGUUGCCUCGCUCUCCCGCCCCUUGCCCCACGCGCACUGGCCCUCCGCGCUCCCCCCGCCUCCGCCCUCACUCCCCCCGCAUCCCGCGCUCUUCCCCCCGCCUGCCGCUGCUGCAGCACCAGUGCAACCCGGAGUGGAGGGGAGAGCGUGGGAAGGCAAGGAGGAAGGGAUGGGAGCAGCGGUGGUUGAGGGUGCAAGCCAGCCCGGUGUGUGGGCAGGUGCACAAGGCGCACCCCCUGCCGCCCCGUCGCCGCCCCCAUCUGCCACACCUCCUCCAUCUGUUCCACUUGCCUCCGCUGCUGCUUCCCAGGCUGCUCCUCUCGUGUCUCCCCUGCCCGUGCCUGCAGGUGCAGCCACAGCUGCCCCAGCAGCAGCAGCGGUGGCAUCAGCAGCGGUGGAUGGGGCAAUAGAUGUGCAAGCAGCAGCGGGCAGAGCAGGCGUGCUCACAGCACCCACUGGAGACGCCAACACACCAGCCCUCUCAUCUCACCCCACACCUGCUGCUGCUGCUGCUGCUGCCACUGCUGCUGCAGCUCCCGCUUCUGCUCCUACUGCUGCUCCUGCUGCUGCUGCUGCUGCUGUCAGCACGGGCACACCAGCAGACGCCCCUUGCCCAGCCCCCACUGCAGCAACGGGCCUGGCAGUCAUAGGCCUUGCUCCCGCCACACUCCCCCCACCUCCCCCCCCUCCCCCUGGGGGCCCUCCUGCCGGCGCUGCAGUGCUGGCGUCUUCCAGUGCAGUGCCGCCCGACGCCCCACCUGCCAGAACCAGCCGCCCGGUGCCGCCGAGCAGGCAGAAAGUGGGGUGGCGGGGAUCGUCCAGUAGCACGAGCAGCACGACCAGCUCUACGAGUUCAGGCACAGGGUCGUCUGAUACAAGCUCCUCCUGCUCCAGUCGCAGCAAGCCCUCGCACUCGCCCCUGCACUCCACACUCUCCUCCUCCCCCUCCCGCUCAGGCCCCCCCCGCUCGUCCUCUCUGCGUGCCCGUGGGGGGCGGAAUGGGGAGGGGCGUGGGGGGCGCAGCAGGGGCGCGGGCAGGUCGCCUGAGGGGAGGGGAAGAGGGGGGGAGGCGGGCGAGAGGGAGCGGAAGGAGGGCACGCGUGGAUGGGGCUCGGGGUAUAGAGAGGACGGGGGAAGAGGAGUGGGGGGGAGAAGCAAGGAAAGGGAAGGGGGUGGGAGCAGAGGGGAGGGGAGGGGCGGGAGGGAGGAGUCGGCGCAAGGAAGAGGGAGAGGUGAGGAGAGAGGAGGAAGGUCUAGUAGAGAGGGGGAGGGAGGGGGUAGGGACAGGGAUGGGGCUGGAGGGAGCGUUGGUGGGAGUGGAAGAAUGUACUCCCCCUCACAGGAGAGGGGCGAGCGGGAGAAGGGGCAUGAUGGGUGGGAUCGCAGAUACAGCAGCCGGGACAGGGAGAAGGAGCGGGGCAAGGAGAGGGAGUGGGGCAGGGAUCGGGAUGCGGAUGGGGGGAGGUACGAUAGAAGGGGGAAGGACGAGCGGAGGGAUGAGAGAGGAAGCAGGCGGGAGAAGGACUGGGACGGGAGGAGUGAGCGCGACAGGGAGUGGGAUGACCGGGGGGCGGGGAAAUCCAGGGAUAAAGACAAAGACAGGGACCGGGACAGGGAUUGGGAGAGAGAUAGGGAUAGGGACCGGGAUAGGGACAGGGACAGGGACAGGGAUAGGGACCGGGACCGGGAUAGGGACAGGGAUAGGGAGAGGGAGAGGGAGCGGGGAAGAGGGGGGCGGGAGUUGGAGCGGGACAGGAGGAGGGAGAGGACGUUUGGCGGGUCUCGAGGUGCCUUCCCGGCGUCUGCUUCAUGGGCUGCUGAGAAAGACGCUGCCGAUGGCCCUGCUGCUGCCACACCCGCCUCGCUCCCUCUUGUUUCCCCUACUGGCGUCCCUGCUGCCGCUGCUGCAGUAGGUGAUGUUGCUCCCUCAGUGAGUGCUGCUGUGCCCCUUGCAGGCAGCAGUGAGGGCGCGACAGCAGAAGGCGUGCAGCAGGGCACGCCACUCCUGCCUGCCGCUCACCACCCGGGGGUUUUAUCACCUGCGCUUGCUGCCUCUGCGCCCGCUGCUUCUGCCAGCGCUGCUGCUCCUGCUCCACUAGCACCACCACAGCAUGCUGCCACAGACGCCGCACCAAAAGACAUUGCUGGUGCUGCCACGGGUGCGCUUGCUGUUGCCCCUGCUCCGCGCUCUGUUGCCUCCCGCCCAGCACCCCCUCCUGCCGCCUCUCCUAGGGGGCAACGCCUCUCCGCGUUCCCUGCUGCCAUCCCCGCGCCUGCCUCCGCCGCACUCACGGCUGGGGCGCUGGCAACAGGGGGGCGAGCAGCAGGAGCAGGGCAACCGGCUACAGGAUAUGGGGGGGGUGCGGGCUCAGGCAGUGUGGCAGGUGGUACAGCAGCGCUGGCAGCGCCUGGAGGCAGUAUGUGUGUUGAAGCCCCAGUGGGGUUGGGGCCGGGGGCAGCAGUGGGUGCAGCACCAAUGCACGUGCUCACUCCAGACCGUGCACUGCUGCCCGCCGCACUGCCCACUGCCCAACACGCAGACAGAGGUGUCGCAGCUGCCACAGCUGUUACAGCAACAGGGGCAGUGCCAGGGGGAGGCAGUGGCGGGGCGGUGGGGGGAGUGGGUGGUGGGGUGCGGCGGUCGAUGGCUGCGGCUGUGGAUGCAAGCAGCAAGAAGGUGGCACGGCAGGAGGCAGUGGAUCUCAAACACAUGGCAGACAAGAGGACGGACAGUGUGGAGAAGGCGGAUGGGUACAUGAGGGCGGCUUUCAAGUUCCUCGACUCGGUUGGCUGUGACCCCUCGAUCCAUGCGCCCGCCCUCGCCUCGCAGGCUGCAGCUGCAGCGCGCACCCUCAAUGAAACGGCCCAGCUCUUUGAGUACGUCCCCCACUGCCACUCUGCUGCUGCCGUUUCUGCCGUUUCUGCCGUUUCUGCCCGUGCUGCCCUUUCUGCCCGUGCUGCCGUUUCUGCCCGUGCUGCCCUUUCUGCCCGUGCUGCCCUUUCUGCCCGUGCUGCCCUUUCUGCCCGUGCUGCCGUUUCUGCCCGUGCUGCCCUUUCUGCCCGUGCUGCCCUUUCUGCCCGUGCUGCCGUUUCUGCCCGUGCUGCCGUUUCUGCCCGUGCUGCCCUUUCUGCCCGUGCUGCCGUUUCUGCCCGUGCUGCCGUUUCUGCCCGUGCUGCCCUUUCUGCCCGUGCUGCCGUUUCUGCCCGUGCUGCCCUUUUUGCCCGUGCUGCCCUUUCUGCCCGUGCUGCCCUUUCUGCCUGUGCUGCCCUUUCUGCCCGUGCUGCCCUUUCUGCCCGUGCUGCCCUUUCUGCCCGUGCUGCCGUUUCUGCCCGUGCUGCCGUUUCUGCCCGUGCUGCCCUUUCUGCCCGUGCUGCCCUUUCUGCCCGUGCUGCCGUUUCUGCCCGUGCUGCCCUUUCUGCCCGUGCUGCCCUUUCUGCCCGUGCUGCCGUUUCUGCCCGUGCUGCCCUUUCUGCCCGUGCUGCCCUUUCUGCCCGUGCUGCCCUUUCUGCCCGUGCUGCCGUUUCUGCCCGUGCUGCCCUUUCUGCCCGUGCUGCCCUUUCUGCCCGUGCUGCCCUUUCUGCCCGUGCUGCCGUUUCUGCCCGUGCUGCCCUUUCUGCCCGUGCUGCCCUUUCUGCCUGUGCUGCUGUUUCUGCCCGUGCUGCCCUUUCUGCCCGUGCUGCCCUUUCUGCCCGUGCUGCCGUUUCUGCCCGUGCUGCCCAUUUAGCUGCCUCGCGAUGUGUGCUCUGCUGGUGUGUGACGCGUCAUCUGUGCACCACCCCACCUGCCUGUGCACCACCCCACCUGCCUGUGCACCACCCCACCUGCCUGUGCACCACCCCACCUGCCUGUGCACCACCCCACCUGCCUGUGCACCACCCCACCUGCCUGUGCACCAGCCCACCUGCCUGUGCACCACCCCACCUGCCUGUGCACCACCCCACCUGCCUGUGCACCACCCCACCUGCCUGUGCACCACCCCACCUGCCUGUGCACCACCCCACCUGCCUGUGCACCACCCCACCUGCCUGUGCACCACCCCACCUGCCUGUGCACCACCCCACCUGCCUGUGCACCACCCCACCUGCCUGUGCACCACCCCACCUGCCUGUGCACCACCCCACCUGCCUGUGCACCACCCCACCUGCCUGUGCACCACCCCACCUGCCUGUGCACCACCCCACCUGCCUGUGCACCACCCCACCUGCCUGUGCACCACCCCACCUGCCUGUGCACCACCCCACCUGCCUGUGCACCACCCCACCUGCCUGUGCACCACCCCACCUGCCUGUGCACCACCCCACCUGCCUGUGCACCACUCCACCUGCCUGUGCACCUCGCUUCUGCCUCACAGCAACCCAUGCCAUGACAUUCUUCUCUCUUACCACCACCAUUCAUGCCCUUUCCGCUGCUUCUCAAUCUCACGCUCCCGCAAUUGAGCACCCCAGCCCACCGUCCCCUAGUGUAAGCGCGUCAAUGAUGUAUUCUUUCCUCCAUUCCCUCCCGGCGCCUCUACCCUGGCGGCUAUACGAGGCAUCGGCACUGCACGCGCCGGCAGCGCUGGCAUACAAGUGUGCCGCCAUCGCACGCACGCGCGCACUGGCUGCACUGCGCUCCGCCAGCAAGCGGGAGAGGCAGGACCUGCUCAUGCUGGCGGACUCACACCCCCAGCCACAGCAACCUGCUGUUGCUGCUCUGCCUUCCUCCGACCACCAAGGUGUGAGGGCGGGAGCAUCACCAGCAUCAUCAGCAGCAUCGGACGUGGACAAUGCGUCCGCCACUCUCAGGCACUCACACCACCACCACCAUCACCACACACCCCUCUCAGCCUCCAAUCUCAUCGCCCCUGCCUCCUCCCCCUCGCCCUCUCCUGCGCCUGGAACUGCUGCUGCCGUUGCUGGUGCUGGAGCAGGGGGAGCAUCGUGUGUGUGCAUACCGGAUCGCCUGGUGCCCAGCCUGCGCAGAGUACUCAAGGAGGGUAACGACAUGGCAAGCAUAAUGGACACGUGGGGCAAGGCAGCAGCCGCGGCAGCGCAUGCAAUGCAGCACGCGGACGUGAGUGCGGCGGCGCUCAUGAAGCUGCAUGCUGUGGGGGACUGCGCCGGCAUGCUGCCUGGCGACGCUGUGUGGCGCGCUGCCCUUGACGCCUUCGCCUCCAUUCGCCCCUGA